AGCACUCCACGGAUCUAGUAUACUACUCGGGCGUACGCAUCUGCCUACCUUGAAGAAGACAACAACAACAGCCUAGAGCAUCUUACCGUAUACGGUGGUGUGGUUGACUGUGAUCGAAUUUCAGAUGGAAGAUACUCCUGCUAAAGGCAAGAAGCGCCCGCCCUCCGCCGCCGAGGCGGCGGCCCGGAGCGCCAUGCUUCUCCUGGCCGCCGUCGUGUUCGUCGGGUGGCUCGUGGUGUGGGCGGUGUUCCCAACCAGGACUUACAGCUCGACAUGGGCGCCCAAGCUUGCCACGCUCACCGGCUUCGGGAAACAAGCGAUUAGGAUGAUGCUAUUCGUGUUCCCCGUAUUGCUCGUCUACGUUGUUGCGUGCGUUUACCUGCAUUUGCACGAGGACGGUGACCCUGACGCCCCGAGCCGGACCAGAGGGGGGUUUAGCAGGAGAAUGGCAGCCUGGAGGAGACCCCUGCUGGUGAGAGGCCCGCUGGGGAUCGUGACGCCUAUGGAGCUCGCCUUCCUCCUCAUGCUCCUGGCGCUCCUCGUCUGGUUCUACAGCGCCUACGUCACCGCCGAGUUCGCGAAGAUCCGCAUCAAGUUACCAGGCGAGAAACUGUGGCAGGCGAGGCUGGAGAAAGCGGCUCGUCGGCUUGGCACCACCGGGAGCUUGUGCGUCGCGCUCCUGUUCCUCCCCGUCGCGCGAGGCUCGGCUCUCUUGCCGCUCGUCGGCCUCACGUCGGAGGCCAGCGUCAAGUACCACGUCUGGCUGGGCAAUCUCGCCAUGGUCAUCUUCACCGCUCAUGGACUCUGCUACAUCACUUUCUGGGCAUCCACCGAUCAAAUCGACGAGAUGCUGAAAUGGGCGAAAACGAGGAUGGCGAACGUCGCCGGGGAGCUGACGCUGCUGUGCGGCCUCGCGAUGUGGGCGACGGCGCUGCCGCGCGUCCGCCGCCGGAUGUUCGAGCUCUUCUACUACGCGCACCACCUCUAUGUCCCCUUCAUCCUGUUCUGCGCGCUCCACGUCGGCGUCACCGCGUUCUGCUUCAUCCUGCCCGGCGUCUUCGUCUUCGCCGUCGACCGGUGCCUCCGGUUCCUGCAGUCGCGCACCUGCGUCCGUCUCGUCUCCGCCCGCCUCCUGCCUUCCGAGGCCGUCGAGCUCAACUUCGCCAAAAGCCCCUGUCUGAGGUACAGUCCCACGAGCACGCUCUUCGUCAACGUGCCAAGCGUCUCGCGGCUCCAGUGGCACCCGUUCACGGUGACGUCGAGCAGCAGCCUCGAGCUCGACACGCUAAGCGUCGUCGUCACGAGCAGAGGAUCCUGGACGCAGAAGCUCUACGACACUGUGUCGUCUCUGCCCCCGUCGGGCGGUCACCUCGGCGUCUCCGUCGAGGGGCCGUACUGCGCGGCCGCCGCGUCCACGCGCUUCCUGGGGUACGACUCGCUGGUGAUGGUCAGCGGUGGCAGCGGCAUCACGCCCUUCAUCUCCGUCAUCCGCGAGCUCGUUCACCAGAGCGGCGCGGCGGAAACCGUGCAGGCGCCGAGGCUUCUCCUUGUCUGUGUCUUCAAGACGUCGGCCGAGCUGGACAUGCUGGACCUCCUCGUCCCGGUCACCGGCGGCCUGUCGGCCAUUUCCCGCCUCGACCUACGCAUCGAGGCCUUCGUCACGAGGGAAGGCGAGCCCUCUGCUGCGCGCAAGCAGCCCGGUCGGGAGGUCUGGUUCAAGCCGUGGCCGUCAGACGCCCCCGUCGCCCCGGUGCUCGGCUCCAGCGGCUGGCUCUGUCUCGGCGCCGUCGUGGCAUCUUCUUUUGCCGUCUUCCUCGUGCUAGUUGCCGCGCUGCAGAGGUUCUACAUCUACCCCAUUGACGGCGACACCAACCACGUGUACCCGUGGGCGGCGAGAACGAUGCUGAACCUGCUGUUCCUCGGCGCCAGCGUCGCCGGCGUGACCGGUGCUGCGUUCCUGUGGAAUAAACGGGGGAGCGCCGAUGAGGAGAUGAAGGUAAAGAGCGUGGACGGGCCGACGCCGGGGAUGCCGCCGGUGGCGUUGCUCCAUUGGGCAGGCGGCGUGGAGAGGGAGCUGGAGAGUUUGCCCGCGCAGCCUCUUGUGAAGGCUACCAACGUGCACUUCGGCCACCGUCCGGAUCUCAAACGGAUGUUGCUGGGGAUUGAGGGCGAAAAUGUUGGGGUGAUGGCGAGCGGACCGCAAGGGAUGCUUGAGGAGGUCGCCACUAUCUGCUCGUCUGGUCCACCAAGCAAUCUGCAUUUCCAGUGCAUAAGCUUCACUUGGUGAAUAACGCAAAACCAGUCUGCGCAAUGAUGCAAUAACAACUUGCUAGGGGCAUGAUGCUCCCGAUUGAAUAGUAAGAAUUUA